UUGACGUCAUUGUCCUGCGACUUUGAGAGGAAGUGCGGAAACAUUUCGCCUAGCUGACUAAGAAGCCCAAAAAACAACAACAACAACAACAAAAACAUGUCAGUGUGUCACUUUUUUCUUCAGGGACGCUGUCGUUACGGUGAUAAAUGCUGGAACGAGCAUCCAAGAGGAGGCGUUGAAAGCUGUAACUCUAACCGCUCUUCGGCUCCCCAGCAGUCUCGCGGUGGAGGCGGCGCAUUUGGCAACAAGGUCUGGGUGAAUCCCUCUCAGCAAAAAGGAGGCUUCAACCAGCAACAGCCCUCCCGCGGAAGCGAUCAAUGGGCUGGGAGGAGUCAGGAUGUGAAGAGCUCCGACUUUAGCUUCUCUUCUCAAAACAGAUUCUCGGCACUCAGCAACAAUAACAACUUUGAGAGGGGAGGAAGGCGAGGAGGUGGAAGAGAAGCGACGGUAUCUGGCGAAGAAGAUGAUGAACAGAAACUGGAGGUGAUUCAGAACGACAUGAAGACUUUGGAGAACUCGGGCCAAUGGGGCUUUUCAUGUUAUUGUACCUUCAAGACACAUAUAUCUGGUUUUACUGAUCUAUCUCCAGAAGAGCUGAGGCUGGAAUAUUACUCCGCCAAAGCAUCAGGAGACCUGCAGAGUUAUUUGAAUGGUGUCAAUCUGUUGCUCAAUCAGUGGAGAAGCAGAGUCCAGGAAUUGCUGCUCAUGAAACCAGCCACUCGAGCAGCGUUGCUUGCAGAACUGAAAAAUCCCUCUUCUCCGGUCUCGUCCAGUGACUUUGGCUCAACAGCUUCUGGAUUUGGGUCAUCUUCAUUUGGUUUGGGCAGUAAAGGAUUUGGAGAAGCACCAGUUCAAGCAAGCACAUUCAGUUUUGCCUCUCUCGAGGGUGGAUUUGGCUCUUCAGCAGCUCCAACAUCCACACCGAGUUUUGGCAGUGCCAUCUCAGUCCCGACUGGGUUUGGUGCCACCUCCUCUUCAUCUGGUUUUGGUUCUGGUGCUCCUUCAGCUGCAUCGUUCUCCUUCGGGUCUCCGCCCAGCAACCAGCUGGCGGCUUCAUCUUCGGGCUUUGGCUCGGCCGCCUGCUUCAGCUUCUCCUCCACUGCCAACAACAAUAAAGCGACAUUUGGAAGCGGUUUUGGAUCCAAGGCACCUGUGGGAAGUUUGUUCGGACAGUCGAGUUCUUCCACAGGCUCUGCUGGCGGUGCCUCGGACACGUUGUUCUCCCCCGAGAGUGAUCUGACCCCUGAAGAGCUGGAUCAAUUCAAAGCACAGAAGUUCACUUUGGGACAGAUUCCUUUGAAGCCUCCUCCUGCUCAAAUGCUGCGGCUUUGAUGCUCAAGAGUAUUUUAUGAUCACACCCAAGUGGCUCAGGUGACCAAGUUGUGUUUGAUAUGAACGAAGGAAUAAAUAUUUGUCCUUUUUCCCCGCGUGUUGAAAAUGACCCAUUUUCGUUACUCACAUUUGUACUCUUUCUGAAAUGACUUAAGAUGCCCCAAGAGGCUUCCUUUUGACUUAUGUUCGAGAGCUCAAAAUCGAUUCAUGUGCCCUUUCGAAAUGUGUACGUGGUUGAUCUCCAUUGCUUUGUUGACGGAUGACAACGACGGGUGCGCCGACCGCCGCUUGAAUGGCCUCUCGCUUGGGAAUGCCAAUGAGCUGAUUGGGAUUCAUUGGCACAUCAGUUUUCACGGUUUGGUACAGCUGCAGACAACAAAAGGCCUCUGCAAGUGAAACAUUUAAUUGUAUUGUGCCACUGUGGUUUCCCUGUUGGGAGUAGAAUAUUGAUCCCCAGCCUUACAGAUUUAUGUUUGUAGUGGUGGCUCCCUGCGCUGGUUAUGUUGUUAAAUACAUAUUUCGCUUGUGUAUGCUGGACUGGGUUACAAAGCAACACACUGACAUUAAGAAGCCAUGACAGUGUUUGCUCUCACAAGAUUGAGGCUGUCAGAGAUAUGUUUAUGUGACGCUCAUGACCAAUGGCAUCUGCAGUAUGUGCAACUGCACAGAGCGGCAUUGCUGGGGGCCGGCAACGUGCCCCACAAUUUAAAUAAAAAAAACAACAAACCAAAAAAUAUGACGUGAAUUUUUAUUUUCUGGUCAGUAACGUUGUCAAAUAUCUGCGUUUGUAAAUGGAAUUGAAGCCCCUUAGUGGAGUCACACUUCACAGAAGAAAUGCAGAGUGGAGAGCAGAUAUACAUCAUGGUCAAGUUUAUGUCAAGUAAGGCCAGAAGCCAAGACUUUGGAAGCAUUUUAGCAACGUCAUUCUCGACGUAAAUUCGAUUCCCUUGACUUUAAAAACACAAAAGCAUUUCAUUUGUACAAUUUUAUGCAUGGGCUAAUUUCCAGUUUCAUGGUUUAGCGUGGUUUGAAAAAGCUACGGUGUCAAAUACUGCUCAAACUAGCUAACCGGAAAUGAGCUCUUCUUUUCUUUUUCAGUGGGUCCCCGAAGCAGGGCACAAUAUAACUGGCCCCGCCUACUGGCCGAAGAUAGCUGGGAUAGGCUCCAGCACGCCCGCGACCCUCGAGAGGAUUAGCACAUUAUCAAAUGGACGGAUGUAAGGGCCAGACCAGUGUUUUUUUGUUUUUUUUUUAAUGAAAUCCUUUUUACAUUUUGUAUUUUGGCUGCAAGGCUAAAAUUUUAAUUUGUUCCAAAAAUUAGUUGUCAAAUCCGACGUUUUUUCCCCUCUUGUUUUUGUAUUAAAUUAUAACUCAU